AGAAAAAUACUAAAAUUUUGGUGUCUUUUAUAUAUGAUUAAUGCUCAUAAUAAUUCACAAGCUUACAGAAAGCUGCCUGUUUUUGCGGUGCUUCUUUUUCUUCUUCUAUUUUUGUUUUAUUUCUACCGUUUGUUUGAACCGUAUCAGCUUUUCUUCUUCUUCUUCACUGCUUUGUAUCUCUCAGCUCAGUUUAACUGAGUCCGUUGACAUAUGAAGAUGCCAGUGGCAUUGCUGUUGCUGCUGGCAUUGUGCAAUGCAAUCAAAAUUCAUGGAGAAGAAAGCAAUGGGCUGUGUGAUGUUAAUCUAACAUUGCGCUCAAGACCACAUAGUGUAUCCAUAUUGGAAUUUGGUGCUGUUGGAGAUGGCAAAACCUUGAAUACCAUUGCCUUCCAAAAUGCCAUUUUCUAUCUUAAGUCUUUUGCUGACAAAGGUGGUGCACAACUUUAUGUGCCGCCGGGAAGAUGGCUUACCGGAAGUUUCAAUCUUACAAGCCAUCUCACUCUCUUCUUGGAAAAGGGUGCAGUGAUUCUUGGAUCUCAGGAUCCAUCUCAUUGGGACAUUGUUGAACCUUUACCAUCUUAUGGCCCAGGAACUGAACUUCCUGGAAAGAGAUAUCGGAGUUUGGUAAAUGGGUAUAUGUUGCGUGAUGUCGUAAUAACCGGUGAUAAUGGAACCAUAGAUGGACAGGGCUCAGUUUGGUGGGAAUGGUUCACAUCUCAUUCUUUAAACUACAGCUGCCCUCACCUUGUGGAAUUUGUGUCUUCUGAAUCUAUACUUGUUUCGAACAUUACUUUCCUUAACGCCCCUGCAUAUAACAUGCAUCCAGUCUAUUGCAGCCAUGUGCACAUUCAUCACAUAACGGUCUAUGCUCCACCAGGAUCACCAUAUACUGUUGGUAUAGUCCCAGAUUCUUCAGAUAACGUUUGCAUUGAGGACUGUAGCAUUAGUAUGGGUUAUGAUGCAAUUGCCCUCAAGAGUGGCUGGGAUGAAUAUGGCAUUGCUUAUGGCAGACCUACCGCAAAUGUCCAUAUCAGGAGGGUCCAACUUCAGUCAUUCUCAGGCUCUUCUCUUGCCUUUGGUAGUCAAAUGUCUGGUGGCAUUUCGGACGUUCAAGUGCAGCAGCUCCACCUCUAUGACUCAUUAACUGGUAUUGAGUUUAGAACAACAAAGGGUAGGGGUGGUUAUAUUAAAGAGAUUGCUAUAUCAGAUGUUAACAUGCUAAACAUUAAAACGGCGUUUGGGGCCAAUGGGCAUUUUGGAUCCCAUCCGGAUGACAAGUUUGAUCCUGAUGCUCUUCCACUAGUAGCGAAAAUCACCAUCCAGAAUAUUAUUGGAACAAACAUCAGUAUGGCUGGAAACUUCACAGGAAUUGAAGAAUCUCCCUUCACCUCUAUUUGUCUAUCCAACGUUUCCUUAUCAAUCAACUCUGCCUCAUCUAGCCCUUGGCAAUGUUCAUAUGUUUCAGGCUUUUCAGAGUCUGUCUUCCCUGAACCAUGUUCUGAACUAAACAACCCAGAUGCUUCUUCAUCAUGCUUUUCCCUCCUGAAGCCUAAUGGAAGAGCUGCAGUCUUAUGAUGCAAUCUUUUCCUACUAGAAAAAAAACACAAUUUCAGAAAUUUCUACUCCACCAUCUUGAGAAUAGAUCAGAUUCUUUGGAAUAAAACUCAUGCCUAGAAUACCUGUUUCUUCACCCGUUCAUGUUGACAUUUUGGGCAUGUUGCAAGCCUGCAGAUUGUUUGUACAGCUCCAUUUCUUCAUUCUUGUGUAAGCAAAUUUUUGGUAGUGCUGGUACAAAAGAAAAAAAAGGAUAUUGGGUAUUUUUAGUAUUGCUGUUUAUUGAAUUCUUUUCUUCUCAUGUUCAUAGUCUUGUUCUCAUUGUAAAAUCUUUAUUAUCAUUUGGUUUGAAUUGGUAGAUAAAAGAGAUACUCAAAAAGGUCAUUUUAUUUGAAUAAA